AUGGCGCUUUCGCCGGAGGUGGGUCCCGCCGUCUUGGGGCUGAGUAAACUGCAAGAUUCGGUCAAUAUCGUCGACUUCAAGAAGAAGAGUAAUCCCAUCUUCAAUCGUAAUCCUAGCUGCAAACAUAGGCUCCUUUUCCAGAGGCUUCUCGGAAGAUUUGUGCUCGGGAAUAAUUUCUCCACAAGCAGGGGGAGGCGGGUCGAGCUCGAGAAGAGGGAGGGGCCUCCGAACAGACGAAAAACCAACCCUUCCAAGAGCGUCCACGUGGAGGUGCGGCUGCGAAUCGGUGCUAUUGCAAGACUGUUCUUUUUGAUUGGAUGGGCAAAAACGGGACCUCGACCUAGUUUCGGAGGAUUUCUUGGCCAGUCGGGCCUGGUGGUAAUAAUCAUCUAUGUACGGGUCAUUGCCAUGAUCAUGUGCUUUGACCUGAAUUGUGGGAGACUGUUGCUCUCGCUCCUGAUGCUGCUGGCAUCGGAAGUCUGUUGGGAAAAACGAACAGAGUGCUGCUUGCUUUUAUUCGACUUGGGCUUCGAACCUCUCUUUUCGGGCAAUCCGUAUUUACUCAGAUGGGCAGGUGAGGGGAAAGUGCUGAAGAUUUGA